UGCCACCUUACUGCUCGCAAAUGAUCUAUCACAACUAUAUUCUGCUCAUAGUUUAUGUAUAUAAAAAUAAAACAAUCAAGAAUAAUUGGACUAGAGAAUAGAGAACAGUUCGGCAAAUUUUUGACAAUAUGUCAUUUUUUUUUCCUCAAUUAUAACGAAAUACAGGACUAUGUGAAGAAAAUUCUAUUUCCGUUAAUAUUACUACUAAAAGUUUGACUAUAAAUUUAAAGAAAAUUGAUUCGUCAUUCAUAUAUACAAAAUUAUUAAAAGAAAUCUUUAUCGAAAUGAAUGAUGAUGUUCAAAUGGCAAAAUAAUUGUUUUUUGAUUUUCCAUGUGGUUUCUAUGCCGAUUAUAGGGUAUUAUUAUGAAGAUGUCAUUUUUUGUUUAAGAUCUUCAUUAAAAAAAUUGUAUGAUUACAUUCUGAGGCUGAUCAUACAUCAAAAAGGAUUUUUUAUCGUGGUCAAAGCAUGUUCAAUGCUGAUUUUGAAAAAUUAAAGAAAAGUCAUGGUGGUUUUAUUUUAUUCAAUAAUUUUUUACCAACAAGUAUCAAUGAAUAAGUUUCUUAUGCUUUUGCAGAUAGUUCUCGAGAGGAUUUAAGUUUAAUAGGAAUUCUAUUUGAAAUUGAAAUUGAUCCCAUGAUUUCAUCAAUUUCAUCUGCUUCAUUUGAUCAUAUUAGUCAUUAUGCAAGUCGAGAAAGAAUUUCUUCUUUCUAUGCAUAUAAUAUUUCGAAUUAUUGAUAUGGAUGAAAUUAAAAAUCGGUUAUGGAAAAUAAAAUUAGUAUCAACAAAUGACAAUGAUGAAGAACUUAAAUAUUUAACUGAUUAUUUACGUUGA